AUGACCGACGACGACGCCCCCGACACCACGGCCGUGAACGAGCUCUUCCACGCGGACAAGCGCCUGGUCGAGAUCCUCCAGGAAGAUGAUCUCACGGAGGAAGCUCUGGACCGCUUCCGCGCGCUCCUGGAUCCGUACCAGGAGCAAGGUGGUCUUCUGGACCCGAUCCUCCGGGACAUGGUCACGCCCGUCAUGGCCCGCAUCCGCUCCGUGAUCCACCUGCUGCAGACGUCGUCCGAGGGCAACACUGUCGCGUUCCCGUUCCAGGUGCUCCAAGAUCCGACCCAGCGCGCCUUGCUCCACCGGUCCUGCCAGGUCAUCUACCUGCUCUGCAAGGUCCGCGGGUACAAGACGAUCGUCAAGCUGCUGUCGCACGAAGUCUCGGAGUUCGAGCCCGUGCUUCUGCUCUUGCAGUCGCAAGACCGCGACGACUGCGCGACGUGGGAAAUCCGAUAUGUUCUCUUGCUCUGGCUUUCAAUCUUGGCCCUCGUGCC